ACAUGAAAUAAUAGUUUUACGCGUAUGAAAAAAAAGGAUUUGUAAGAAUAUUGUGAAAAAAUCUAAUUAAAUAAUCAACUGUCCCAUCAGUGAGUCCCAUGCUGACUGUCGUCUGAUCUUUCUUCUAGCAAGUUCGGUUCAUUAGUGACAUUUCUUUCAAUGUGUGAUUAGUUUGUAGUUAAUAAUUAUUAAAAUGAACGACUACUUAUCUUCUCCUUUAGGAUCAGAUUCUAGUAAUUUAGAUGUGCCAGCUCCUAUUAAAACUGGAAAGACUGCAUAUCAACUUUCUCCGUAUCUAAAUUAUAAUCCUGUUUACCUGCCUGCAAGCCAACCCGAAUUUAUUUUCCCUGAAGGGGCUAGUAGACAAAGGGGUCGUUUUGAAUUAGCCUUUUCGCAAAUUGGAUCAUCAUGUAUGAUAGGAGCUGCUUUGGGAGGCAUGGCUGGUACAUACAAUGGUCUGAAGGCUACAACAUUGUUGGGUCAAACUGGAAAGCUGCGAAGAACACAAAUGUUAAAUCACAUUAUGAAACAAGGUUCAGCUACGGCAAAUACACUAGGAACGAUAGCAGUUAUGUAUUCUGGACUUGGUGUGCUACUGUCAUGGCUUCGAGGAGAAGAUGACGAAAUAAAUACUUUAGGUGCUGCGACAGCCACAGGAGCACUUUAUAAAUCAACAGCUGGACUUAGGAAAUGUGCAAUUGGUGGAGGAGUAGGAUUUUCUAUAGCUGCUUUAUAUUGUAUAUGGACAUCUAGGCAUGCAAUACAAGAUAUAAGAAGACAGUAUAAUCCGCUGUGAAAAAAUUUGUUUAUUAUAAUUUAGAGUUAGUUUAGAUGAAAUAUUAUGUUAACAACCCGAUUUUACAAGCUUUAACUUGCAUAGUUGCUAUUACAUAUGGACAUCUAAAUUUUAUGUAAUAUUGUUAGCACCAUUCUUCAUAAAUCUCAUUGUCUACCAAAUAUUACUGUUUUUAAUAUAUAGCCAUGAAAUGUAUAUCAAUUAUGUGCAGCUAUAGCAUAUUCUAUA